UUCAACAAGCUAAAUAUUAGCCUAUAUAUUCAUCUUUCUUUCAACCCCAAUAAGAAAAAUCUUCAAUACUUGCUUCUUCACAAAGCUAAAAUGGUCAAAGUGCUGCAAGUGAAGGGCAUAUUGCACCUCUUGCUCUUGGCCAUCACCAUGAAAUAUGUCCAUGGUGCAAGGGUCCUCACUGACGAUGUCACACUGCCACCUCCUCAAACCAUAGCAACUAAUCCAAUUCCAAUACCUGUAGCCAACGUAGGUCCCGCCGUCAUACCUUCGAACCCCAUCAGCCCCCUGGCUGCAGCCACUAAUGCAAGUGUUCACCACACAUUGUCAUUCUUCAUGCAUGACAUAUUUGGUGGCUCAGCUCCAUCAAUAAGGGUUGUGGCUGGGAUCGUUGCCAAUACCAGAGUCAAUGGAAUCCCUUUCUCGAAACCCAAUGGAGGCGUCUUCCUAAAGAGUCGUGGUGUGCCUCUGAUCACUGCUAACAGGGGCAUCAUCAACAGCAAUUUUCCUUUUCUUUCGGGCCUAAAUGGUGCAACAGCCAGCACUGUAAUUAACAACAAUGGUCAUAACAAUUUGAUCACAAACGGCAAAGCAUUUCCAUUUGUCACUGCAGGUCAGCUCCCACAAGGAGCUGACCUACAAAAACUCUUAUUUGGAACAAUAACCGUGAUCGAUGAUGAAUUAACUGAAGGGCAUGAAUUAGGCUCUUCCAUAAUUGGUAAAGCACAGGGAUUUUAUCUGGCUAGUUCAAUGGAUGGUAGCAGCCAUACAAUGGCCUUUACUGCUAUGAUUCAUGACGAUGGUGGUCAUGAUGAAGAGGAUGCCAUUAGUUUCUUUGGGGUGCACCGCACAGCUGCGCUUGAGUCUCCUAUUGCUAUAGUUGGUGGAACUGGAAAAUAUGGAAAUGCUCAAGGGUAUGCCAUCAUUGAGACCCUUCACCACACGAAUCAGCACACCACUGAUGGUAUCGAUACGCUUCUUCAGUUUACUGUCUACCUAACUCACUAGUGACCUUUUUUUCUUGCAAUCGUAGUAAAGUUGUGGUUUUCUGGUUGAAAUAAAUGCUAUAUCUUGCUAACAAAAGCAGUCUGCAAAUAUUCAUAAAAAAAGGCUUCUUUAAGAGCAAAGAGAGAUUGCAAAUUUGGUGUUUUCAUCUGCAACUGUUGGAGAAUUUACCUUUCAAUUGAUUAUCAGAACUAAAAUGCGAAAUUUGGUGUUUUCACCUGCACAUAAUUA